AGAUAAUAUGGCUUAAUUAUUAAAUAUUUAAACUAGUUAUCUACAACCGGCGUGUCCCUAUUGAAUUGGGUCCAGUCCUAACAAGAUAGGAAUCUUCAAUACAUAAGAAUUUUUCCUCAAUUGAUUGCAAACAAGGAAUAAAUAAUGGAUUCACCAGGAAAUGCCAGGGAGGAUGCACCAAAUCAAGUGAAAACUGUCACCGAACAAGUCUUGAGCCAUCCCAAGGGUGUCACAGAUCGGAAAAGUGAUGUCAUUGUCGACAACAAUGCCUCAAGUAAAAAUGAAUAUGCCACAGAUGGUAAUAGUGAUGUCACAAAUAGAAAUGACUACACAAUAAAGUUUUCUCGUGGUGCCACAAAUCGAAGUGACUAUGACCAUGGUGAGGCCAUGGAUAGUACAGAUGGUGCCACGGUUCAGACUGUUACUUGUCACUCAUGUAAACAUAAUAUUAAGAGAGGAAAUACACCCCAAGAAAAUUCUUCACCUCAGAUCUCUAAUUGUAAUGGCCAAAGAACUUGCCCAGUAGACCAAACCCAAACGAACAGUAGCUCAAAUAUUUCAACUGACCUAAGUGUAACGAGUGGCCAUAGCAACGCCAUUGAAAAAAAAAAUCACGAUAAUGCCUGUGAAGGACAUAUUUCUGCACAAAAAUGCACAGAAUGUAUUUGCGCUUCUACCAUAAAAGAUACCACAGAUAAAUGUGACUGUGUCACGAAAAAUGGUAUCGGUGUCACAGAAUGUGAACACGAUGCCGAAGAAAACUCUAGUGACGUCACUGAUAAUGAGAAUAGUAUCACAAGCUCAGAUGAGAUGUUUUGUGAUUGCAAAAGUAUUAUGUCAUCACAAAGGUCUUUAAAAGACAACGAAAAAGGGGGAACUACAAACGGGGAGGAAAUAAAUUCGAAAAAACUCACAAAAAGUGUAUCAGACUCUGCUUCAAUUUGCACAUACCCUACUCAAAGCACUCUGAUGGAUUUCUGUAGAAUAUGUCACUGUGAAGGAGACGCAGAGAUUGGUCCGUUGAUCGCCCCUUGUUAUUGUCGUGGGAGUCUACGCUACGUUCAUCAGGCUUGUUUACAACAGUGGAUCAAGAGCUCAGACUCCAGACACUGCGAGCUGUGUGGUUACCAGUUUAUAAUGGAUUUAAAACUGAUGCCAUUUCGGAAAUGGAAGAAACUAACAAUGUCAACAACAGAGAGAAGGAAGAUCAUGUUCAGCGUUAUGUUCCAUGUCAUUGCCAUAACCUGUGUGAUUUGGUCUCUCUAUGUAUUGAUUGAAAGGACGGCCAAUGAGAUUAAAGUUGGAAAACUUCAAUGGCCAUUCUGGACCAAACUAGUCGUUGUCGCCAUUGGCUUCACCGGAGGUCUUGUGUUCAUGUACGUACAAUGCAAGGUGUAUGUUCAACUGUGGAAACGUCUCAAAGCUCACAACAGAGUUAUAUUUGUAAAGAGUAAUUCUCCUGAUGAGGCGAAUGCGGAUACCCCAUUAGAUGAUGACGUCUCAGUCCAAAGUUCAAACGAAGUAACCUCACCUCGGCAGCGAGAUAAUGAUGCAGUGAUUGUGGAGAUUCAACAAAACCAAGUUUAGCGGCCCCACACUGGGUCUUUGCACAAACUUUCAUAUUGGAAACCAAAACAAGUCCAGGCUCAAUGAAGGCUGUUUUCCCUGCGAAUAAGUCUACCCGGCAAAUAGGACGAAGCCUAUUUUUAGCACUGAAUAAGAGGGUUUUUCCAUAUAACCCUCCAAUGAGACGGGAAGAUAAAUUGCUUCUCUGUUGGUCAUGUUUGGGGAGACUAAAAAUAAGCGACUCCAGCGACUCCCCCCCAAAAAAAUAAGGCUAAAAAAUUGGGUCCAGAAAAGCGACUUAUUAGCCGGAAAAUACGGUAUUUAUUAAUGAUGCUCACGCCGCAUUUCCUCGAAAAUGAGAUAGUGUCUUGUUCCAAUUUUCUUUCAAAAGAUAACACUAGGGCUUACUUUUGGGGGGGUGUCUCUUAUUUUCAUUUACCUCAGGUUACUGAACCUCUUUCUCUCUCACAUGUUUUAGAUUAGUCAUUCAAAACGUGUAGAAGAGAUUCCAUGCUUAUAUUGAAAUCAUUUUUUAAAUUCAGGCUAGGUCUUAUUUUUGGGAAAACACGGUACUUAGGCCUAGCAUGUCUCAUACUGGAGACCUGCACUGGUUACCAAGAGGAUUUUGCAUUACUGAUUGCUCUUACUGAGGCACUGCACAAGUUCCGUUCAAAAUUCUGAAUUAAUAGGGAAUAGUGGACUCUUACUGCAGCUUCUGCAAGUUACUAUUUUAGGUACCGUAUUUCUCUGUGUGUAACACGCACCCGUGUAUAUUACGCAGGGCUCGUUUAGAGUGUGGAUUGUAUGAAGAUACAAGGGUCCAUGCAUAAUACGCACGGCCGAAUUCCGUCACUCAAACCGCCUCAAACUCUUAUAUGGCCACGGCAAUCCAUUUACAGCUGCUACAAGCUUUUAGAAGAUGGUUCAAAACAAGUUGUGCUAUAGUACAUAGCGUUUCUAUGAUAUGACACUAUGAUUCAUGUUGUGCUAAGGUGCCUCACUUCACCUAUAACCUCUUGAAUGCUUUUCCCAAGGCUUUAGAAAAUGAGAUUUUAUUU